AGUUAACUAACAUUACAUUCCUUUGAUUCUAGGUUAUUUAUUGCACCAGUUAUUGACUUAAAAUGAGUUUGGACUCACUCUUUCAACAAAUCCUUCUAACUGAACAACAAAUAACUGAACAGACACACAAAUUCAAAGAAGUCAAAGUAGCCAUCAUCAGAUGCAAUGACAAGAUCAAGAGCGCCACUGAAAAGUAUGAAAAGACCAAGGAGGAACUUGAUAAAAAGGCUCAGCAGUUGUCUGCGAUGAGGCUGCAGCAUGAUCUGAUGAAGAAAUGUGAAGACCAGAUGUUGAAGCAAAUUGAGGAGCUGCUCUGCCAGAAGAGCCACCUCAGGGAACAUCUUGCCAAGAUAAAGAGGGAGUCUAAAGAAGAAGAGGAAAACUUCCUUCAAGAGAUCUCAAGAUUCAACAGUGACUUCAGUCUUCGAGGGAACAGAGAGAUAGUGUUCGAGAGCCAAACACACACUGAGAUCCUGGACCUGGAGAGGGAGGUGGAAUCAUUAUACAAAGAGAUGGAGCUGAUGAACCGCAGCAGCAGUCACAUGAGCGCCAUGCAGGAGGAGAAGAGAGCGCUCCAGCUCAAACUCCAGGACCUGGAUAAUAUCCAGAAAGACCUGGAUCGGCAGUUCAAUGAGGCUGAAGCAAUGACAGAAUCUCUGAGAGCGGAGAGCCUGCUUGUCAGUCAGAAACCUCUCACUGACAGCACCUGUCUGAGAUUCAAGCAUCCAAACAUGGAACAAUGGUCACAAAUAGGAAACAACAGCAAGCACUUGUGCAGACAUCUCAGACAAGUGUCCGCUCGUCACAGUAGAAUAUGAACUACUUGUAGAAUAUGAAUAGAGGACUUCCUCGACUGAAACAUGACUGGUAGGAGAGCGCUGGACCACGUUGUCUCCACAAAGAGACUUCCUUUAUUUAAUUAAAGACUGGAGAUCAAUGGUGUUCCAGGAAGCAAGGGCCAUUGUUAUUGCUGAUGCCACUACUUUGGAUAAUGUCUUCUCUACAAUACUAUGGAUGUGAAGUGAUUAACAAAUCCCCUAACCUAUCUAGAGGAUGAUGUUUACACUUUCAGUUUUUAAAUCAAAUUUUUAACAUGUAUUUAUUUAUUGUAACUCUUUUCAAAUCACAUUUGUUCCAGGAUUUAAUUAAAGGUGUUCUCACCAUGCCUGUUAUUAGGACAAGGUACAAAAUAGGUACAUGCCAUAAUCCUUGCCUUCACUUUGUUUUGCUCAUCCUCAUUUAUUUUUCUCUGUCCUUUACUUCCCCUCCCUCUCCCAGCAUUGCAUUAAAUCAUGCAUGUGGGUAGCAUGUCCUGUUCAUCCAUCAGCCUCAUUAAACAUACUAGGUCCUUCAUUACCCCUGGGCUUUUUAGCCUCAGUAAGUGCUGAGGAUGUGGCUUUGGAAGAGAGAGGCCUCCUCUCAGUCAUUCUUAUGUCAUCCAUUCUGAACUGAAACCAUCAAUCCUGUCUUCAGCCACUGCAGCGUCUCUUUAAAACGCAUAUUUAACUCUCCGCUUAUUGAUUGUUGGAAAUUGAAUGCAUGUCAAUUUGAAUGAGUGCUACAGUCAUUUAAAAAGUGUUCAGUGUGCAAAACAGGCUCUGCUGGUGUAGAUCGUUCACUGUCACACAAUAGAAAGAUACCUGAAAUAUUCAGUCAGUGUGCUUGGGAUUGGUGAUUUAGGAGUUGUAUAUAUUUUUUGAUGUGUGGGAUUUUCUUCAUUGAUAUAUUACCGCUACAUUAUUUGUGAAGGUUCAUUUAAAGAUGUCAUUGCACUGCAGAAAUAUAAUAUUAAACUGCAGAAACCACCGAUAUCCAAAAUGCCAUCCUGACUGUCGCUGUUGGAAACAUUGUUCUACUGUUUGAAAAACAGUAUGGUCGACUUAAAAAUCUGAUUUGAAGUUCUGCAGAGAAGUGUCAAGUUUAAAACACCACUGUUGGUUUUCAGACUGAAAAUGCAAUUUUAGCUCUGUUUCUUCAUUGUUUCAUUAACUUCCAAUAAAAGAAAAACAGAGGUAGCUUGUCUCAGAUUCAUGUGUGGCUCAGUAUAGAACCUUCAAACACCUGCCUUAACAGCCAAGGCAUCAAGUACCAUGGACCUGAGUCCAAUGCUUUUUCCAGAGGCAAACUGAACUGAGUAAUACAAUUGUAUGUAUGUUUAUGAAAUUAUAGUGUGAAAUAUUUACUUCUGCUUUUAAAGACAGAAGAAAUUGAUGUUUUUUUCUCUAACAAAGGGACAGCAAUCUCUUCUGUGGUGUUGCCAUAAAGUGUAUGUAUCUGCUUUCUUCUAUCUGUGUUUUGGAACCGUCCUAUCUUCUUUUUGCAUGCCAUUGUCUGAUAUACUGUAUACAACAGAAACAAAAACUCACAACAAAAGUCACAGUCAGUGCGUAUACAUGUAUUCUAUCAUUUCAGAUUAUAACACAGACAUACGCCAGUGUAGCCUAUCACACAACCAAUAAACAAAAUGAUAAGUUGUCCCGUUUCACCUGAUUUGGCUUUUCCCAACAGAGAUCCUCAGGUGAAGUAGUUGGUGGUGGAGGCUCCGGUCCAAAUGUUGAGCUUGAGCUGCUACUACUGUGUGUGCUAGUAGCCAUUGAUGGUGCUAGCUGAGGAAGAUGCUGCGGUGGAGUCGGCGCUAACUUUAGCCGGGCUAUCUUUCUGUGUAGCAGGGAGAGAAGAAACAGUCGAUCGCGCUUGGGGAAGUGGUCUGUGAUUUGGAAACCGAUGGUGGUUCUGAGUUCAAAGGAUCCUGGAGUAGAUUCUGGUGCAAAUGGGGUUUUGAGCCAUUUCCCUAUGUCCAUAAUCCGUUUUGUUAAGCGCUAGCUAGCUUCAUUGAAAGUGAAACUCGUCAACGGUCAGUGAUGAUGGUGACAUGUUUUGUAUAGCCAGUCAUGCAGCACCGUGAAAUUUGAUUUUGCAAAGGGGGGCGUUUUAUUGUGUGUUUAUUUGUGCUUUAGAAAGUAACCGCUGUGAAACAAUCAGAAAAUAACGUUUUAUUUCUCUGAUUCUCGACUUUCUCGUUACAGGCGCUCCCUCUCUUCAUUCAUUCUCUAGGCCUGAUUUAGUCUCGGGGGUGAGCCUACCUGAUGCCGGCUUGGCCAUUAUUUUAUUUGUUUGCAAAUUAACAGUUUUAAUUAUUUAUCAAUACAUGAUUACCAUAUUUAAUGUUUAUUAUAAUAUAAUGAAUUUGGAAAAGGAAUUUUUGGGGGGGCACAAAGCUCAUUUGGACAGGCAUAGCCCCCCAAGCUUCUCAUUUUCCAUGACUGAUCUACAAGAAAGUCUGUCUGAUUACAUAAUUUAGUCCGAUUUAAGGGUUCUUGGAUACACAGAGUUCGAUCAGUUCCCAGUGUGCUCUGGUGAAGGGGUGCACGUCAUUCAUUUAUCAAACAACCAAAGCAGGCCCCACUAGUCGCCUACCACAACCUGAAAAUGAGCGCUGCCUGUUUUGGUUGUUUGAUAAACUGCACCCCUUCACCAGAGCACAUAGCGACCUGAUCGCUGUGCAUGCAGAGUCUGCGAAGUGGCACCUCGUCCCAGUGCUGAUUAAAAGUUAAAACAUUUCUGUCACGGGGCUGGUCCGCGCCCUAAUAAUGCUGCUCUGUACCCUUCCCUCUUCAGCUGUGUCAUUUUUCAUACACAGUGUUGUAUCAAAAACUCAUUUUGAAACCUUACCCCUCAAACUGUUGGACAGUAACUUGUAUCAGGUACAGCAGUUGCUUCAGUCUGGUUUCUUUUGCUGUUUGGAUUCAGCAGGAGAACCACAAAGGUUAGAUCCACAUGUCAAGUUUUCACUAAACACCAUGAAGUCCCUGUUUCCUGUUAGCUUGUAGCUUACAACAAAUCAUUCUAGAUAUUAACUCAACUGUCAAACAACUCGUGCAUUUUGCCUGCUGUGGAAAUUGGGGUUAUGGUAAAACUAGAAAUGUCUUAGUUGAACAAUCCAGAGUAUUUCCAGUAAUGAAGUGGUUUUUGUGCAUGUAAACAUACUGGAACUCAGGACUUCCUGUUGCUGAACGUUCAUCUGAACAUAUCAAACCAGUCAUGGAAACUUUUGGGGAAAUCUGUUUAAAUAGAAACUACUAUUAUAUUAAUCUGGUUAUUUAUAAGAGUUGGGAUAAAUUGUGCAUAUGAGUGUUCUAUGUCACUAUCAUCAUGUGAAAAACAGGUUUUAGCUGCAUGUACAGUACAUUUGGUUUUGUUUAUUUUCUCAGUGAUAAAACACAGUAGCACCAAGUAUAGUGAUACAAAGAAAAAACAUAAAUAGGUUUAAACUCAGUAUAUAGACCUAAAAAUGCUGAAGCUUUUCUUUACAGGUUGCCUCUUUCAUAAGUUUUUCUUUUUUCCUUUUCUUCCACCACUC